UUGUGCUAAAGCAGGAACCCAUAAAAUAUCGUUUUAAAUCGUUUAAAGCAAUUUCAAAUAUUCAUUUCAUCUUACCGUUCAUUGGAAAGAACCGACAUUCGCUCACGGGCGCUGUUCUGAAAGGAUCACGAAAAACUUAGCUACAGUGCAAGAGGUGGAGCAAAAUCUACACAACAUGGGAACACUAAGAUUGAUGAAAAAAUCAUUAACAUCCGCUUUUCUAUGUCUCGUUUUCACAAACUUCAUGAUCGAGGUAUCAGGCAAUAUAUCUUCACAACGCUUCAAUUCAGCCUUUGAUACAGCUGAACAAAUAAAAAUAGAAUUUCAAUAUGAAGGGAAUAGUCCAACUACACAAAGAGCAAACUGUUUUGAAGUAUCAUUUCCAGAAACCAGAUUUAAUUUCAAAGGGCGAUUUUAUUCAAGCGUAUAUAUUUGCGCCAAUGGAAUGGUGAGAUUUGAUGGCCCCGAAUACGCUGCCAAUCCUAUAAACUUUGGAAUUUUCAGUAGUCUACCAAUUAUUGCACCUUAUUGGUCACAAGUUGACUUGCGUUUUCUCAACAAUAGCAAUUCGAACGUCACUUACAGACUAUAUCAAAAUAGUAAUGAAAACACGGCUGUGUUUGAUACGAUAAAUACUGUGGUAGAGACGAAUACGGAAAUUAAAAACUACAGUGCUAAUUGGGUGCUGGUUGUGACUUGGGUGUGUCUUGCACCAAGGCAACCUGUGGACAAUAACUUUCCUGAGCGAAAUACCUUUCAACUUCUGCUGGCAGACGAUCUCUUCAACGGAGCUUUUACUUUGUUCAUUUACGAAUCUAUUACAUGGUCAUUUGGUGUGAACAGAAAUGAAUACACGAAUUUUAGAGACGCUUCUGAUCUGCCAGUCAUAGGCUUUGAUUCUGGACGUAGAGAUAUCACACCGAGGUUUCAAAUUUAUGAAACGUCUGGCACCAUUAAUGCUGACAGAGUGGGAGAUGAAAUGACAAUUUUGUAUGACCUAAGAUCACCAUUUCCAAGAUCCAAUGCAGAAGAGUGCCAAAUUUGGGUGAAUCAACAGCUCAUAAGUCCAACAAGGCGAUCAUCGUGCAGAAACAAUUGCGCACAAGAUCUUCAAACAGCCUACCUGAAUCUCACCGGAGUUUUUUUUACCCUAUUUCGAAGGGUUAAAGGAAGUGGACCAACACCAAACUUUUGCAUAUAUAGUGGAACUACUUUGGAUGGAGCAGAUGAAUGUUGCUACCAGUACACAGGACAGCUUGAAAGUUAUCCGCAAUCUUUUAAUUCUACUGCCGUUAAUUCGUUUAGUUCAUUUACUAUCAGUGAAAGUUCUGCAUUAGGCGCAGCCCCAGGUCGAUGGCAUGAAGUCCAUCCGCGAGAAAAUUUCACUAAAUAUUUACAGGAAGAACAACGCUACAAUCAAUGUUGCGUCGAUGCCGGCAGCACUCAAGAAUCGUGUGACCAGUUUUACAGAGUUCGACCAAUUUGCAUUGGGGUGAGCUUUGAGUUUGUCAGCACAUGGGCCAAUAACUUCGGUGAUCCCCAUUUUGUGACAUUGGAUCGUAAGAACUACACAUUUAAUGGUUGUGGAUGGUACACGUACUUCAUAGGACAAAUUCCAGGCAACGAUGCAAGCUCUCUUGAAGUACAAGUUCGAACAACAAGAGUCGGCAACGCCAACGCAACUGGUUUCACUGCAUUUGCAAUAAAAGAAGGAAAUUCACAAGUCAUUCAAGUAAAUCUAAACACCACAACAAAAGGACUUGAUGUCCGCGUUGGUGGCAUGCUAAUUCCUCCUCCCGGAGAGAAUGGGAUAAUCAGAAAUGGCACGGCAAUAACAUUUGCUGAUAAUUUGCUUCAAAUUUCGACACCGCUUGGAAAUGGAGCACGAGUCAAUGUAGUGAACGGUUCCUUCUUCACAUUAGUCAUGCUAUUUCUAGAUGGUUAUAGAAACAAUUCGUUUGGUUUAUCGGGAAGAUGGAAUGGUAAUAUGACUGACGACUUUACACACAGCGAUAGAAAAACAAUAACACCAAUAGACGCCGAUGAGCGAGCAAUAUUUCAUUAUUUUGGUGAAAGUUGGAAAGUAAACGAAACGAACGGACAAGGAAUUUAUAUGAACGUAGAUGAAGGCAUUAAUACUUUCAGUUGUCAAAAUUUCACUCCCGCAUUUUUCGACGAACUUGAGAACAACAAUACCAAUUUUACAAUGGAAGCUCGUGAAGCAUGUGGAAGUAAUACAUUUUGUCUGUUUGACGCCCUCGCUACACAAAACAUAGCUAUUGGUCAAUCGACACGAGACGAACAGCGAUUAACGGACAAUGUAAUUGCACAAGUUGAAAAUAUACCUCCUGAGUUCACAACAAACACUUCCUUGAUUACUGCAAAUCUAAAUGAGACAUUAACAGUGACGCUAGAAGCACAAGAUAUGGAUGCAAAUGACAUAUUAACUUUCGACGUUCCUAAUCUUCCAUCGGUAUCUAGCUUCAACGUCAGUGGAAAUACUUUAACUUUCACAUGGACGGCCAACUCUACAGCAGUGGUUGAUCUAAAGUUUGUAGUGAGCGACAGCAGAAAUAGAACAGCGGUAUUAACUCCUAGAGUUCAAAUAUGCGCAUGCCGAGAUAAAAGCACGUGCGUCGUUCCGGAAGGGCGGAAAUGCUACCUUCAUAUAGAUGAGUGCGCAAGAAAUACAUCGGGCUGCGAGCAAAUAUGUACAAAUAAUUUGGCGUCCUUCUCGUGUGGAUGUUCUCCAGGAUUCACAAUUAGUGCAAACGGAAGAACUUGUAUAGACAUAGAUGAAUGCUUGCGACCAAACAAUUGCAGUCAAGUGUGCGAAAACACCGUAGGCUCAUUCAGUUGUAAUUGUAGACAGGGAUUUGAACUUGAAGCUGAUGGUGAACAGUGUAGAGUACGCACAAAUUGUUCACAAAACGGAAAUUGCGCUCAAAUUUGUUUUGUUGACGACAAUGGAAAUGACACGUGUGCUUGCGCUAAAGGAUAUGCUCUUGGAAGUGACGGAAGGUCAUGCAAUGACAUCAAUGAGUGUGAAAAUGUAGGUACCUGUUCUCAACAAUGUAUGAAUACAGAUGGGAGUUUCAUGUGUGGAUGCUUUCCCGGAUAUACCUUGGCGAGCGACAUGUUUAGUUGCGAAGACAUUGACGAAUGCAGCGAUCUUACCAGACAAACGUGCAAUAUAACUAAUGGAGAAGAUUGUAUUAAUAUUCCUGGAAGUUUUACAUGCAGAUGUGCAGCCAGACUAAACUUGAUUCGGGUGAACAACAUUUGCGUUUGUGAGUAUAAAAAAUUACUUGUGUACAAAAAACAACCAAUAAGUCUUAAGGAAUUCUUAUGA